AAACCCUCAUUUGAUUCUUGAAAGGUUUUCUACUUCUCUUCCAAUAUGUUUCCUUGCCAUUUGGUUGUUCCACUGCCGACCUCAGCCGAAUCACAUAUGCUGUAGUUAACCAUAUAUGCAUCACACUAACCUUAUAAAUAGUCUUCACUUUGAACUCUUUAAAUGCAAGCAUUAAUUCCCACAAGCACACUAAACUCAUCAAUGGCCUCUUCCAACAUCUUUUUCAUCAUUGCUAUUGUUACUGUCUUUGCGAUUCCAUCGAGUUUGGCCACUGAGUUUGUGGUUGGUGAUGAGAAAGGAUGGAGCCUUGAUUUUGAUUACCAAGCUUGGGCAGCUGGAAAGGAAUUUCGAGUUGGUGAUAAGCUUGUUUUCAGGUAUACACCAGGAGUUCAUAAUGUGGUUAGAGUCAGUGGAGUUGAGUUCCAACGAUGUGAAGCAGUAAAUAACACUGAUCCACUUACCACCGGAAAUGAUGUGAUUACACUGCUGACACCAGGAAGAAAAUGGUACAUUUGUAGUGUACCCAGGCACUGUGCAGCCCGUAACAUGAAGCUUAAUAUAACUGUGCUUUCUGAAGUGGGAUCCCCUUUUGCUGCUCCUGGUCCUAUUCCAGGCUCACAAACGCCAUCAUCUUCUACAAGAGGAAGUGCUGUGCUUAGCUUUUAUGGAUGGAUCGCAUUCAUGGUUAGCUUCGUCGGUGUGCUCCUUGUUUAA